UCCUAUCCGAUUAUUCAUGUCGGCCUCUUCGUUAUCCUGCUUAAGGAAUUUUUGAUACUAUAUGUGUUAAUACAAGUGUUUUUAUAAAUUUAUUGAUAUCCGUGUACUUUGAGUUUGCAAAAUAGAGAAAUCUGACAAUGGAGUGGUCACCACAAGAAGAUGGUUUGAGAGAAAUAUUGACUUUAUUGAAGGAAUCCCAAUCGCCGGACACAGCUACUCAACGGGCUGUUCAGCAAAAAUUGGAAGAAUUAAAUAAAUUCCCCGACUUCAAUAAUUACUUAAUGUUUGUGUUGACAAAACUGACUUCUGAGGAUGAACCAACCAGAUCCUUGAGUGGGUUAAUUCUGAAAAAUAAUGUUAAAACUCACUAUCAGAGUUUAAUGCCAAAUGUGACUGAUUUCAUUAAGAGCGAAUGUCUUCAAGCAGUAGGUGAUCCGUCACCGUUAAUAAGGGCUACUGUUGGUAUACUCAUCACAACUAUAGCAUGCAAAGGAGAUUUAUCUUCAUGGCCGCUGCUUCUACCGUCUCUGUGUAAUAUGUUGGAUUCCCAAGAUUACAACGUAUGUGAAGGAGCUUUUGGUGCUCUCCAGAAAAUAUGUGAGGAUUCUGCGGAAGCUCUCGAUUCUGACACUGUAAAUAGGCCUCUGGAUAUAUUAAUUCCCAAGUUUUUACAAUUCUUCAACCAUUCGAGUUCUAAAAUCCGAUCUUAUGCAAUAGGAUGUGUAAAUCAGUUUAUAGUACAGAGAUCACAAGCCCUUAUGUAUCACAUUGAUCCUUUCCUAACGAAUUUAUUUCAUGUGGCUGCAGAUGAAGAACCGGAAGUACGAAAGAAUGUCUGUCGUGCCUUAGUGAUGCUACUUGAAGUAAGAAUGGAUAGAUUACUUCCUCAAAUAGAAAAUAUUAUUGAAUAUAUGUUAGUGCGGACGCAAGACUCCAAUGAAGGAGUUGCACUUGAAGCUUGUGAAUUUUGGUUGUCCCUUGCUGAACAACCAAUCUGUCGUAAUGUAUUGACAAACCAUUUGAGCCGUUUGAUUCCUGUUUUGGUCAGAGGAAUGAAAUACUCUGAUAUUGAUAUAAUUUUAUUGAAGGGGGAUGUUGAAGAAGAUGAAUCUGUUCCUGAUAAAGAAGAAGAUAUCCGACCCCGUUUCCAUAAAUCCAAAACACAUUCUGUCAAAAUGGGUAGUAUCUCUGAAAAUGGUACCAAUGAUGAUGAUGAUGACGAUGACUUGGAUGAUACAGAUGAUGAUGGAUCACUUUCUGACUGGAAUCUUCGAAAAUGUAGUGCAGCAGCUCUAGAUGUACUAGCAAAUGUGUUCAGGGAUGAUCUUUUGCCCAUUCUGAUACCAAUCCUGAAAGAAACGUUAUUCCAUCAAGAAUGGCAGAUCAAAGAAUCUGGAAUACUCGCUCUGGGGGCUAUAGCAGAAGGUUGCAUGACUGGGAUGGUAGGGCUUCUUCCUGAACUUAUUCCAUAUCUAAUUAAUUGUCUUAGUGAUAAGAAAGCUCUAGUGCGAGCAAUAACUUGCUGGACUUUGAGUAGAUAUUCUCAUUGGGUUGUAUCUCAACCACAUGAUGCAUAUCUGAAGCCCCUUAUGACCGAGUUAUUGAAAAGGAUUUUGGAUAGUAAUAAACGUGUCCAAGAAGCGGCAUGUUCCGCCUUUGCUACUUUGGAGGAAGAAGCCUGUACAGAGUUGGUGCCAUAUUUAGGAUUCAUAUUAGAGACAUUGGUUUUUGCUUUCAGUAAAUAUCAACACAAAAAUUUGCUCAUUCUUUACGAUGCCAUAGGGACACUUGCCGAUUCAGUAGGACCUCACUUGAAUAAACCUGAUUACAUAAAUUUGCUAAUGCCCCCUUUAAUUCAUAAAUGGAAUGUGCUGAAAGAUGAAGAUAAGGAUCUCUUUCCACUUUUGGAGUGCUUAUCAAGCGUGGCAACUGCACUCCAGUCAGGAUUUUUGCCUUAUUGUGAACCUGUAUAUUGUCGCUGUGUGUCCUUGGUUCAUCAUACACUUUAUCUCCAUAUGGCCAAUCAACAGAAUCCAGAUCAGUUUGAUGCACCUGAUAAAGAUUUUAUGAUAGUUGCCUUGGAUUUGUUAUCGGGUUUGGCGGAAGGUUUAAAUGGACACAUCGAAAAACUUGUUGGCAAUAGUAACAUCAUGGAUUUACUACACUUAUGCAUGCAAGAUCCGAUGCCUGAAGUGAGGCAAUCAUCAUUUGCAUUGCUUGGAGAUUUGACUAAAGCAUGUUUUCAACAUGUCAGACCUAAAAUAUCAGAUUUUCUUCCUAUCUUGGGACAGAAUUUAAAUCCCGAUUAUAUCUCUGUCUGCAAUAAUGCAACAUGGGCAAUAGGAGAGAUAAGCAUUAAAUUAGGACCAGAUACUAGACCCUAUAUACCAUUAGUUUUAAAUCAACUUAUUGAUAUAAUCAAUAAGCCUAAUACUCCAAAAACGCUCCUUGAGAAUACAGCCAUAACAAUUGGUCGACUAGGUUAUGUCUGCCCCCACGAUGUCGCGCCCAUGUUACAACAGUUUGUAAGGCAGUGGUGCACUUCUCUUAGAAAUAUCAAGGACAAUGAUGAGAAAGACAGUGCAUUCAGAGGUAUGUGUCAGAUGAUACAAGUGAAUCCAGGUGGCGUAGUGCAGCAAUUCAUUUUUUUCUGCGAUGCUGUUGCGUCCUGGAUAACGCCAAAAGAAGAUUUGAAAGAAGUAUUCAUGAAGAUUUUGCACAGUUUCAAGGCACAAGUUGGCGAAGAGAAUUGGAAAAGAUUCAGCGAUCAGUUUCCUCCUGCAUUGACAGAAAGAUUAACAGCUCUCUAUGGGGUUUGAAUUAGUCCAACAGACAGUGGGGUAAUUCAUCGGUUAUGGUUGGCGUCCAGGGUGGGAUACCAUAGGCGCUCAAAAGAAAAUUCUAUAGGGGAGGGUGGGUUCUUCAGAUCAGUCAAAGUAAAGGACCUAUACUCACUAUUUUUUUUUUUUUUAAUAAAUCAAUUCUGAUGACCAUAGCAGUUCAUCUUCAAUAUUUUACGGAAUUUUUAGAAAGAAAGACUGAGUAUAGGUUUAAUUUGAUUCAUUCAUUUUUUAACUUGACAAAAAGCUAUGUUAUUUAUGCGUUCAUAGUGUUCAGUAGGCAAAAUAGAUUUUUUGAGAUUAAAUUAACAGUUUUCAAGAAUACCUUUGUUGAAACAUAAGGUUCAAGUGUUUGUAUUUUUCUUAAUAGUUGGCCGUCCUGUUGACAGAGCUCUUGUUUCAAAUUGAGUUUUAGCCUUGGUAGUUAAUUCUAGUCUGCACUAAACUACACAUUUUUAUAUUUCAAGAGAUCCUUUUGCUGAAACAACAUGUAUUCAACACUAUGAACUAGUUGUUUUGUAAUAUUCUGAUCUAGAUAUUUGAUCUAUCAUUAGAAAAAUAGUUUUUUUAGUUCCAUAUUGAGGUUAUGAAUAUUACAAAUUUCAAUUUUCUAAUUUUAUAUCUUCAUAUUGCUGUCCCAUCCCAUGCCAUGUGAUUGGCUCUAGUUGUAGAAACUUUGCCCUUGGGCUUAGUUAUUUUUCCUCUCAUUUGCCUCAGAGAAGAUAAUUUGUUUGUUUCAAUUUGUUCCGAAUUUCUUAAUAGUACUGAUACUACCACAAUAUAUUUUUUUAUCCUGUUCAAGGUUUAAUUUGACUGAGCAGUUGUACGAAGGUGUUAUACUUUUCGAAAGCCGACAUUAAUUGAAUUGAAGUCAUUCAAUUGUAGCUAGUUUUAAUUUUCUUCUCUCAGGCUGAUUUUGUAACCUAUCCUUAAUGAGGACUUCUGAUGUUUCCUAGUCCCAAAGUGAGAAUGGUUAAACAUUUGAUUGCAACAUGUGAUAAUAAUUUAGUGAUCCUAUAGACUUGAAGUUGGUUUGUGAUACUUUUUGUUAUAUUCAUAGGAAAAAAGUAAGUAUUCCGGUAUUUUUGCUAAGAAUUAGUAAAUUAAAACAAAAAAGUAUCAUGGACAAAAAUACUUAAUGUUUGUUAUAUAUCUUUAAUUCAUUCAUUAAUUAGUUGCAAUAUUUUGAGAUAUUAUAAUUGUUAAUUUUCUGAAUAGCGUGAAUGGAUUUUUUCUCAAUGAAGCAGAAGUCUUCUUUCCUUGACACUCCAUAUCCAUUCCUAUUGCGUAUUUACGCUUUCCUCAAGGGCCUUGAAGGUCAUUUGUACCUUAAAUUCCAUAAGUGGUUCUUGUUUUCGUCAAGAAUAUAUUGUGAAUAGUUGAGAUUUCUUACUUGUAUCAAGUUUAGGUUAAAUAUAUGUAUCAAACCUAAAAUAAAUCAAACUUAUGUUCUCUUCA